UGUAGUCUGCACUCCGGUCUGUUGGCAGACUCUGAGGUCUCACUAUGCUGCUUUAUCUGCUGCUGGCCAUCUUACAAACCAACAUCUAUGGCCAGAUAGACCCAGCUCACUGUCGUUACCCUCUCGGUAUGGAGGACGGGAGGAUCAAAAACGACGACAUCACUGCCUCCAGCCAGUGGUAUGAAACCACGGGCCCUCAGUAUGCAAGGUUAAACCGUGAGGAAGGGGACGGCGCCUGGUGUCCUGCUGGUCAACUGCAACCCUCAGAUGUUCAGUAUCUUCAGAUUGACCUUCGUCAGCUCAUCUUCCUCACCGUGGUUGCUACGCAGGGUCGCUAUGCUCGCAGCUCCGGCAACGAGUAUGCACGCAAGUACCGUCUGGAGUACAGUCGCGAUGGACGUCGCUGGAUCUCCUGGAGAAACCGCCUUGGCAUUGAGGUAGGAUGUGUUUUAUAGAGACUUUAUAUGAGG